UUAAAAUCCAAGUGAUCGGAGAGACCCUCGGAGUGAGAGUGUUACGAACCCAGUUACGGCCUUGUACACCGUACAUUCAAGUUGACGACGCUACUGUGGAGUUUGGGGGUUCGACAGCUGCGUUAUCCUCAGUGACAACUGCGCAAACUCACAGCUGCAGUGGGACAUUAAUAGUGAAUUAAAAAUUCCGUGGGCCUCGGAAUUUCUAUUGUUUUUGGAGAUGUCACUGACCCCCACUUCCCCAAUUAAAACAACUUGCCCGAUAAGUUAUCACCAGUAUGAUCAGCUGUUCAGCUCCUCCGACGUAUUUGAGUUUAUUUUUACCCCUUUUCCCAUCGAUCGUUGGACGAUAAUCCCCAAUAAAAUCGAUUUCACCCCCGAUUACUGAAUAGACCCCUCAAAAUCAUGGCGACAAUUUCACCAGCAGCAGCGAUCCCCCCCAAAAGGUACUCAAUGUCAAACAGCGCUCGCCAGGGCAGUGUCUACGAUCUCGACAUAGACAUGUUCCUGAAGAUCUCCAACUACGAGGACACAGUGCGACAGUUGGACGUCUACUACGGGAUCGUAAAACGCCAGUUACUGAACCACCAAAGUUGCAUCAACGGACUCUUCCCCGAGAUAUCAACAAACAAGAGAGUGGGAAGUGUCAAAGACAGCAUCUACUGUGCCUCAGCGAUCUGGAGUCUCUACCAAGCCUACAGAAGAAUCGACGACGACAGAGGAAAGUCCCACGAGCUGGGACAGUCAGCCGUCAAAUGCAUGAGGGGAAUCCUGGAGUGUUGGAUCAGACAGUCAGACAGGAUCGAGCAAUUCAAGAUGAACCAGUGCAAUCGUUUCUCCCUCCACUGUAAAUUCGAUCUCAACACUGGUGACGAAAUUUUCAAGGACACUGACUACUUUCACCUGCAGAUCGAUGUCGUCUCUCUGUACUUGAUAUUUCUGGUGCAGAUGAUAUCGUCUGGGCUUCAGAUUAUUUACACCCAGGACGAGGUGGCAUUCAUUCAGAAUUUGGUUUACUAUGUGGAGAGGGCUUACAGGACUCCGGAUUUUGGAAUGUGGGAGAGGGGGAGCAGGUACAACGAUGGAACUCCAGAGAUCCACGCCAGCUCCAUAGGAAUGGCUAAAAGUGCCCUUGAGGCGAUAAAUGGCUGCAAUUUGUUCGGUGAAAAAGGCGCAUCUUGGUCGGUCAUCUACGUGGACAUCGAUGCUCACAAUAGAAACAGAAGUAUUUUUGAGACAAUGUUACCCAGGGAGUCGUCAUCGAAGAGUGUAGACUCGGCUCUGCUGCCCACAAUCUCCUUCCCAGCGUUCGCCACUCACGAGGAGUAUUUGUACAACGAGACGAAGUCGAAUGUCGUGAGAAAAUUGAAGGGUUCUUAUGGGUUUAAGCGGUUUGGAAGGGAUGGGUAUAAGACAGUUCUGGAGGAUCCAGAGAGAAGAUUUUACAAAACUGGGGAGAUCAGGGAUUUUGAUAAGAUCGAGUGCGAGUGGCCGCUGUUCUAUAUUUUUAUGAUUAUUGAUGGGGUCUUCAAGUCGAUUCCCGAGCAGGUGGAGGAGUAUCAGAAUCUGCUGAAGCCGAGGAUUCAUAAGGAUGCGAAUGGCGAUCCUGUCAUUCCCAUGUACUAUUACGUGCCUGAGAAGAAUGUUGAGGCUGAGAGGAGCGAACCUUCGAGCUCGUUUAAGGUGGCAAGUGUUGUGGGAAGUGGAAGUCGAGCUGCUGGGGAUGAUGAGGGACAUGGAAUGUACCUCUGGAAUCAGUCCAUGUUCGUUAUUGCUCAGCUGCUGACCGCUGGGCUACUGCACAUCAAUGAGUUGGACCCCAUUCGGAGGUAUUUGCCGUCUUAUAAUCGACCCAGGAGGGCUGGCAGGUACUCGGCUUUUCAGGCUAAGCCCACGAUUGGAACCCACUCCGACCUAGUGGUCCAGAUAGUCCUAAUCGCCGAAUCCAUGAGACUCCAAGCAAUGAUGGCAACCUACGGCAUCCAGACCCAAACCCCGCACGAGGUGGAGCCAGUCCAGAUCCUCUCGUCAGUCCAACUGGUGAAAGUCUACCAAAAGCUGGGUAUAAACCGAAAACUGAAGCUCCAAGGUAGGCCAGCGCGUCCGAUCGGCUCCCUAGGCACCAGCAAAGUCUACAGAGUCUGCGGAAUGACAGUCCUCUGCUACCCCCUGAUCUUCGAGGUCUCCCAGUUCUACCUCUACCGAGACAUGGCGCUGCUGAUCGACGACAUAAAAACCGAGUUAAAAUUCGUGGGCAAGUACUGGCGCCUGUCAGGGCGUCCAACAGUCUGUCUGCUGAUCCGCGAAGAGCACAUGAGAGAUCCCCAGUUCAAGGAGAUGCUGGACCUCUUCGCGAUGCUGAAGAAGGGCUACUGCGACGGGACAAAAGUGAGAAUUGGUCGUCUGCAGAAUCUGAUAUCCUCCUCGUGCAUCGAGCACUUGGACUUCGUCAGCUCAAUGGAGACAGACCUGGAAUUAUCCCAAUUCAAGCAACUGAAGCACGAUUACAUCGGCUACCAGAGCCUGACGGACGUUCCCAGGUCUCUGUCCUACGCAGAGGAGCCAAUAGACUACUCCAAAUUCAGCAAUGAGUCCACCCCGAAUAUUCUGAACGAGAUACGAGGCACGUCAGGACUGUACGCCAAGUGCCAGCUGUACGGAAUGCUGCUGAAGAGGGAGGGAAUGAAUUACGAGAUCGGUGGGAUGACUGUUGGGGAUCAACUGAGGGCACUCUACCAGCAGGCUGGGAGCCUCAGGUACUGGAUGGCAGUGAGGUACUGCAGCAGUUUGUUGAACCACACGGUGGACAGCAUAAGCCCCUUCAUCACUGGAGUCCUCGUCAAGGGCAAGCAGAUCACGGUGGGAGUCAUUGGACAGCAGGAGACUGUCUUCGAUAAACCAAUGACUCCAUCGGAGAUUCAGUCCGUCAUGUACUCCACUAUUCAACCCCACAAUGUCGUGCAGGCUGUCCUCCAGCAGGAGAUUCUUCUGUACUGUGGGAGAUUGAUUGGCACCAAUCCUGACAUGUUUAGGGGCAUUCUCAAGAUCAGGAUUGGGUGGGUGUUGGAGGCCAUCAGACUGUACUUGGAGCUGUUCGUGAAGAACCCCAAGCCCAUCGAGAAUUACAGCCCCUACGAGAUCAGGAGAAUUUUGAUCAAGGUGUUGACUGUUAAGGAUUGGGCCUCCAGGGAGCAUCUGACUGUCAUCAGCAGAAGGAAAAUUGAGGGGAGUCUCUGCAGAGUUCCUCCCCAUUUUUACAAUCAAGUGUGGGAGGUUUUGAUGAGGUGUCCUGGGGGCAUCAAGGUCAAUGGGAGGGAGCUACCCCAGCAGCCGACUUUGUCUAAUAUGACGAGGUCUGAACUGACUUUCGCUCUUCUGGUCGAGUCGAUACUCCAUCACAUUCAUCUACCUGAGUAUCGGCAGAUUGUCGUUGAGCUGCUGAAUAUUGUGUCGGUUAUCCUGAUGAGGAACCCAGAGCUCAUGUUCCGGAGGGAGUUGGAUCUCAAUGUCCUGGUGGAGGACGCUUUCACAAUGUAUUGCAAGGACCACAACAUCGAGAGGAGCUCUGACAUGUCUUCUUUCUUCGCCGCUCAUUACUCGGUGACUACUGGGUAUCUUGCCAGGGCGGUUGUCAAUAAUGUCCUCACUGGGGGGUCCGUAGUCACGCCCGUCGAUUUCGACACACCUCGGGAGUCCUCGGAAAUGUGCAAUGUCAGUUAAUAGAGCUAGUGAGGAUUGUGCAGGUCAUUUCAAUUCGUUCUUCUGGUAUUUUGAAUUUUUAGCAGUUUUAUCGUGUUCAGACUGGAAUCUUCUGUGCCAUGUGUAUAAAAUAGAAUACUCAGUGUGUAUCGAUGACUAGUUGUGCGUUGAUGUGAAUUUGAAAUUGUCGUUUUUAUUGGAAAGUAUUAAAGUAUUUAAAUUUA